CACAGCAACGGAAGAAGGCAAUGGCCAUGGCCAAGCCAAACGAAAAUGAUUAGACAUCAUUUCAUUGCUGAAUAGAAUUUGUGCCCUUUUGAAAUUUCAUGUCGAUCGUUUCCUUUUAAAGAUUAAUUUCUGGAAUCAAACCAUUAUUGAACGCUGAUUUUAUUUGUACAAAUAUGUACAUAAUGUUUCGUUGAAAAUUUUGCUUUAGUUUUGUGUGUCUGCAACUCUUUUUUUUUUACAUGCGUAAUCAUCAUGAUUUCAAACGCAAAAAUUAACAUCAGGCACUUAGCUGAAAGCAUCAAUUUGAUAAAGUGCCCCUGUUGCUGUAGCGCUACAUUCCUGACCCCAGAAAAACUUCAGGAGCAUUUGGUUGCUUUGCAGCAGAAGCUCAGCUCGUUGCAGUGCUAUGCUUGCGCCACUAAAUUUGCCUCCUUGCAAGAGUACUCCGAACACUUGGUCAACAAGUGUCCUAAAACUCAGCAGCCGGAGAAGCAUGUCAUAGAGUGCAGCAACAUAGACUCUCCUCAGAAAGCAACAGUUGUAGCUUCCAACAGCACACUCAGAGGCCUGAGAAUCCUCAGGGUUUUGCACAAGAGCCCAUCAAAGAAAUCUGAAACGGGGAACAUCAAAAUCAUCACGCCAACUACAGCCUCUCCAAUGCUAAAUGUUGGCCAAGAUGUUAAGAGAGUUCUUCUGCUGAAACCUCCACAAAAAGUAAUCAGUGACAGAAAAAGGCCAGCAGACGGAAGCCCUGAUGCAAAUAAACACUCGGUUGAUUCGAAGAAACAAAAAAUCGUCACUCAAGAUUAUCAAGAACCUCUGGUGGAAAGGAAAUCAGAGGAUGCCGUUUCUGUGGAUUUAGGCAGUGAUGAUGAAAAUGGCCAUGAUGACGAUUUUAGUGAAUCCAUGUUAAUCUCUCAAGAGGUAAAUUCUGAAGAGAAUGUGGAGAUUGGAAAUUCAACUGAUGCAAAGAUUAAAACAAUUGCCACCAAAGUGGUAAAGGAAAAAGUUGUUUUGUAUAAGUGCAGACUGUGCAAUUUUAAAACCCACGACCUGGACAAACAGACCAAGCACAAGUGCCAGAAAUGCCCAUUUUGUGACAAAGUUUUCAAUAGCCAAUCAUCUGCAAGUCCACACAUCAGGCAGCACAAACUUGAUAUGUUGGAGGAAGAGCUAAACACGAUCAUGAUAGGCUUGCCUGAUGAGGUGGUAUCUGUUUUCUGCAACAAGUGUUGUUUAGACUUUGCUUCCGAGACAGUUGAAACCCACAUCAAGAUCCACAAAGAAGGCGCCAAGGUGCACCAGUGCACCUCAUGCAAAAAAUGCUUCCUCUCCAAAUUUUCUCUGACAGAACAUAGCAAAUCAUGUGGAAAAGAGGAAAUUCGGGAAACUGAAGAAGCAGCAGAGAAUAUAGGAAAGUUCGAAUGCACAAUAUGCAAGAUAAAAUUCAAUCGAAGGGCUGCAUAUAGGAAGCACAGGCAGGAAGAGCACCCAUAUGGACAGAAAGGAAUACGAUCUAAGAUGAAUUGUGGCUUUUGCGAGAUGACGGGUUUUACUUUACCUGGAAUUACCAAGCACAUCCUCAGUGAGCAUCCAACAGUUGAAAUGAAGAUCAACGAAAACAAUAUCUUACCAGAGAUGAGUGUAUGCUCACACCACUGCCGUGUUUGCAAGGAGGACGUCGAAGAUGCUAAUCUUCACAACCAGCUGCACCAGAGUGGUGUUGAGGUCUUCAAAUGCAUAGCUUGCCCUUCAAAGUUCAUCGCCUUGGAAAGAUUAAACAAACACCUCAAAGACGUUCAUGAUAUGGCUCCAACUAUGUCAAAGAUGUUUGCAUGUCGAGAAUGUCCCAAAUCGUACGCCUCACGUUCGUCUCUUCAACUUCAUUGCAUGGCCAGCAAUCACUGCCGCGACAUGCUCACCGACACCACCAUCUACCAAUGCAGGUACUGCUCUAAAGGACACCUACGAAAACGUGAUCUGUGGAAGCAUGAAAAUGUACAUAUAGCAAAGGGAGAAAUUCUCUUAGCCGGUCAGCAGGAUCAGACGGCAAACUCCAAUUACUCUUCCGCACCUACUAAUCCAAGUCCGUUCAAGUGUCAAACGUGCGACAAGGUCUUUGGCUCCAAAAUAUCUGCAGAGGUGCACGCCGUGGCAAGAAACCAUAUGGCAGGCUUUGAGUAUGUGCAAGUCCUUACUUGCAAUAUAUGCAAAAAAAAGUUUGCCCGCAAAAGAGAGCUCAGGAGACACUUGGCCAAGCACGCAGAGCGCGGGGACUUGGAAUUGAGCACUGAGUGCGAACUUUGUGGCAAGAAAUGCUCAUCCUCGCAGGGCUUGAAGGUGCACGUACAAAGCCAUGCUCAGUUUUCUUGUCCACACUGUAAAAAGUACUUUCUUGAAGAGCAAGAUUUGCUCUCGCAUGUCAAUAAAGCUCAUCCUGACAAGGAACAGAUGCUCAAAUGCAACCUCUGCACAAAAUACUUCAAGGAUCUGGACCAAUUACGGAAUCACUUGCCUUCAAUAGACCAUUUGGAGUCUCAACUGAAUCAAACAAUUGUCACCUCCUAUGACCUGACCUUCUGUGACAGCUGCCAGGAAUGCAUCAGUGUUGACCUGAAGGAUAUCCAUGAUGCCAUGCACCAUCGAGGCGUGGGGAAGCUCUUCAAGUGCACUGAAUGUCCGAGCCACUUUUAUUCGGCGCUCAGUCUGGGUGUGCAUGCAAAGGCAUCGCACAAAAGUGGUAUUAUGUUCCAGUGUCCUGUGUGUAGCAUCAACGUGUGCUCGGCCGCUUCCCUAAACUAUCACUACCAGAGACACGUCACUACCAUGGCUGUACUCAAAACCCUCAAGUGUCAAUUCUGCCCGAAGACCUUCCGGCGCACUGCUGACCGCCAUAAGCAUGAACUGAUCCACAAAGGCACCAAAGAUCAUGCAUGCAAACUUUGUCCAAAGACCUUCCGGCUGGCGCAGAUGCUCUAUGUUCAUAUGCGGACCCACACAAAUGAGCGGCCGUACAAAUGUAAGGAGUGUGAUAUGGCCUUCAAGUCAAACAGCGCCAUGCACAACCACAUCAGGAGCAAGCAUCGGACCGAGAGAAACUUUGUGUGCACAUACUGUCCAAAAGCGUUCAAGACGAGAGCUGCCUGGCAUGGACACGUGGGCUCACAUGAAAAGCUGUUCAAGUGUGAAGAUUGCGGCCGAGCAUUCUACUCUAGGAAUGCUGCUACUCAGCACAUCAAAUUAAUCCACCUGCCCAAGAAUAGAGAGCUCUUUGAAUGCGUUCUUUGCAAUGCAACGUACGGAAGAUCCUUGGCCCUUAUCAAGCACAUGAAGACCGACCACGCCAAGCUUGAGGGUAAAGAUGAUCUUCUACAGAAACUUCUUGAGGUGUCCAAUGUCACAUACACAUCACCUAAGAAGUCGAGGGCAACCAAGAGUAAAUGAGUUGUGUUGAUUUGUUUAGAAAACAUAUCUUUUUAAUAAACAGAUCUUUUUAAGAAAUAUA